AUGACCUGCGACGCAACAAUAUCCGAGGCGGGAGACGCAGAGGGCAAGGUUGUUGUUCAGCGGGAGCCAGUGCAAUACCACAAGCAUCUCCCUUCAAGCGCUUCUGCAUUCCCCAUCGGUGCAUUUGCGACUACUCUCACAACCCUUUCCCUCAGCUUGAUGGAAUGGCGCGGCGUCACAAUCCUCAACGUCUACGUCGCAAACUUUUUCUUCGUCGCAGCCCUCGGGUUACUCAUCUCCGCCCAGUGGGAGCUCUCUGUCGGCAAUGGCUUCGCGUACACGGUGUACAGCGCAUUCGCGCUCUUUUACGCAGGCUACGGAGCCAUACUGACGCCAUCGUUUGGGAUCCGCGACGCAUAUGCGGACGAUGUCGCGCAGUACAACAAUGCACUAGGCUUCUUUCUUCUAUUAUGGACAAUUUUCAUCUUGACAUUUCUCGUCGCCUCGAUUACUUCGAACCUCGUCAGCAUCAUGAUAUAUCUGUUUGUCGACAUUGGAUUCCUGUUGACAGCCGCGAGCAGCUUUGCGAAAGCCGACGGGUAUACCAGCGCGGGGAGAAGUUUACAGAUUGCGGGCGGCGCAAACUUGUUCAUUGCCGGGCUUUUGGGAUGGUAUCUCGUGUUUCACCUGUUGUUAAAGGAUGAACUGGUGGAACUGCCGCUCGGAGACACGAGCAAAUACUUUGUUAGAAAGCGAGCGCACCGCACUGAAAACAACGACAUAUGA